CUGCUGACGUGGCAAAGGAGUUUAAAGAGCAAGUUCAGCUUCUUCAAGACCAGGAUGCAGGCAGAGUAGCGGCGGCAGCAGCGGCGGUGAUGCUCCUGGCAACAAGGGACCAAGCGCUGCUGCUGCUGCCCUCUGCGGUUCCGCCUCUCAUCAGCCUCCUCACAUCGUCAUCAGACAUGCACGUGCGGCGCAAUGCUCUGGCGGCCCUCACAGCCCUCAUGUCCCGCUCGCAGCACCUGCACUCCACAGUCGCCAACACGCCAGGCAUUGGACCGUUGGUGGUGGGAGCACUGAAGGAGGAGGUGGGGUUGCGCAUCAACGCUGCUGCCUUCCUCUCCAACCUCGCCCUAGAUGUGGAGGGAGUGAGUGUCAUCACAUCAAGUGCGGGUCAGGAGGCGCUUGCAACUGCUCUCCAAGCGACUGACAACACCGAUCAGAGCAGGGAGGCAGUGGUGGAUGCCAUGUGUGCCAUAGCAUCCUCCUCCAAAGAAGCAGCAGCUCUACUUGUCGCCAAGGGUGCAUUGGAGCCGGUAGCAGCACUGCUGCCCGCGCCACACUCCUCGGAAGUGCACGUGCGAGCUCUCAUUGCCAUCGGCGUGCUGCUACCUGCCAGCCCUGAUGCGCCGUCGCGCCUGGCAUCUGUCCAAGGCGCACUCCCCUCUCUGCCAGCUCUUGCCAGCCUUUGCCAGGCGAACCCGCCCCCUCUUGAGUUGCCCUUUGAUUGGGAGCUGCCUCUAAAGCUGCCUCACAACAUUGGAGGCACACUGUCUAUCUGCCAGAUUUUGCCAGAUAUCCUUUCGAUGGACAAGAGUCAGCUUGACCUCGAGUCGCUACUCGCGCACGCUACUGCCAGCUGUUUACCGGCUCAGUUCUUUCGUGGAGGCGGCGGCGGCCUGCAAGCGUACGUGGCGGCACUUUUGUCGUUUCUGCAGCCGUGGCAAUGGCUGUGGAACGCGCAUCUCGUCAGCUUUUUCGAUCAGCGGCUGUGGGAACGCGUUGAUCCACGAUGGCUGGACGCACUGUCGUCCUGCCACGUGUCAGAGCUGCUACUCGUUCCGUCCGGCCACGUGGCUGGUCCUGAUUGGCCGGAAGAUCUCGUUGACUUCAUCAAGAAUGCACGGAAGCUUUCUCUUAGGAGAGAUAUGGCGACAAUGAGAGGCACAGGGGAACAGGAAGGGAGGAUGACAGUUGAGUUGCGAGGAGAAAAAGGAGUUAAAAAGGUGACUCGUGGCACCAGCAGACUGGCUGAGACGGUUGCAACGACACGUCAGCAGUGCACUUUUCUGAACCCUGAACCCUGGCUCUCGUCAGUUUCUCGUGAGCUGACACGUGGCAUGAAUCCGAAGAAGCUCCACGAGAUUGAACGGCUGUCGUCGCUUGUAGUAGCUGCCGCGCAGCACACUGCCGCCCACAGGCCCUCCCACAUUCACUGUUUAUCCAGCUACAGUAAUCACUGUUCCCAUGGCUCUGAUGGGUACUGUUCAUUAAGGGGCGGCAAUGUGACAGAAUCGAAUCAUGGCACUGUAACGGUGGUUGAUCUAGGCGCCGGGCAGGGAUAUUUGUCUCAGAUCCUUUCUUUCCAUUUCGGGCUGCCCGUUGUGGCAGUGGACGCGUCGCACCACCACACGAGUGUGUUGCACACGCGCGCGGCGCGUGCCAGCAAGGCUUGCGGGAAAGAGGGGAGGCAGGGGAAAAGGGGGAAGGGGAAGAAGAAGGAGGGGAAAGAGGGCGAAUGGAGGAAAGGGGAUGAGGGCACUGGAUUAAGGGAGGAGGAAAAGGAGGAGGAGAAGGGGGUAGCAGAACCAGCUGUUGGUGCUGGUGCAAUAGCAGGGGGUUCCCGGCCCUGUGCUUCCGAACCUGGAGCAGAAGCAGGUACGGGUUUGGUGCUGAAUCCGAGGCUAGUGACCCGAACCAUAACUCUUGGCUCGGCAGCUGCCACGAUUGGUGCACUGUUGAGAGGCGGUGGGGAGAGGAUGGGGGAGGAAGCAUGCGUGGAGGAGGGUAAAGGAGAGGAGGGAAACGGGGGAAAAGGGAAGGACGAGGAGGAGGAGAGGGAGGAUAGAACUGGAGAAAGAGAGGCGAGCAAGGCAAGAAGCAGGGAGGAGAGCGAUGCGGAUGCAGAUGCAGUGAGUGGCAUGGUAGGAAACAGCACGGAAAGCAACGGCAUGAGAACUGACGGGAUGGAAAGAGAAGGCACAGAGGCGCAUGGCGACAGCUGCGGCUGCAGCGUGCGGGGCGUGCUGGCAGGGCUGCAUGCAUGUGGCGACCUGACAGUGAGCGCACUGCGAGCCUUUGUGCUACAGCCGGAGGUCAGAGCCAUGGCCAUGGUGGGGUGCUGCUACAACCUGCUGUCGGAGCAAGGGGAGGCUGGUGGUGCUGGGGAGGAAAAGCAUGCCUUUUCCUCUCCUCCCACACCUGCUAGUCCCCCUCCUCAUCCGCAUUCGCAUUCGCUCCCUGCUGCUGCCCACACCCCUCUGCUACAGCCACUGCAGUCCCGGGAUUCUGAGCCUCCCUCUACUCGUCUUUCUCCUGUUCAUGCUGCUGCUGAUGCUGCUUCUCCUCCUCCUGCUCUUACUUCGCUUUCUCCUGCUCCUGCUCCUAAUCCUGCUCCUGCUCCUGCUCCUGCUCCUGCUCCUUCUCCUGCUCCUCCGGCCGUUGUCCUGCCUCCGUUUGGCUUCCCCUGCUCCUCCUAUGUUCGCGCAUUUCCACUCUCAACUGAACACACCGCCUCUGAUCGGCACACCUGUCAGCCUCUCAUUGGCCGCAACGGCCGUGACCUGGCGUGCCAGAGUGCGGACAGGUGGAGGGUAACCCCUCCUGAAGAGGCAGAGGGAAACUUCGAGGUGCAUGCCUUCCGGGCGGCACUGGAGGUGCUGAUCGGGCGGCAUCGCGCAGAUAAGGACAAAGUUCCUGGUGAGGUAGAUGAUGAGGAUGCAGGUUCCUUGGAUAUGGAUGGUGGAAGUAAAGAGGGGCUGGAAGGGGUUGGAGGAGGAAGUGAGGAGAGAGGGGUUAGUGGGAUACGAGUGGGUCGGCUAGGGAAGGCAACGAGGAGGAGAAGAGUGACCGCUGCAGUCAAUGCUGCCUCUGCCGCUGCUGCUGCUUCUGCCUCUGCUGCUUCACCUGAUGCUGCCACGUGUGCUGUCUCUGCCAGCCCAUGCACUUCCAGCAGCGGCGCAUGCAGAGAGACAUCAGAGACAGUGCAGGAUGAGAGUCAGGAUCAGCACACAACAGCACACACUGACCCAAACUCCUCCUGCGUGCCACAGUCCUCUCCCACUUCCCGGCCCACCGCUCCUCCCUCCGCUCCACCCUUCCCUCCUCCCUCCACUCCUCUGUCCCCUCCUCUCUCCCACCAGCACCACCUCACAGCCUUCUCCUCCUACGUCCUCUCAGCGUGCGUCAAGUUGCGCAUCUCCCCAGCCCCAUCGCCGGCCCUCAUCGCCAGUGUGUGGGGCGAGGUCGCUCCUCACGCCCCCCUCGUGCGCGCCUUCUGGUGCCUGCGUGCCGUGCUGGCAGGGCCGCUGGAGUCGCUGCUUGUAGCCGAUCGGCUGCUGUGGCUGCAGGAAAUGGGGGGACGGUUGAUGGUUGAGGGGAAGGGAAGUGGGGCGGAGGAGGGAGAGGUUGAGAAGCAUGUGAGGGAGGAGGAGGAGGAGGUGGGGGAGCAGCUGAAGCAUCAGGUGAAAGUGCAGGUGAAACAGCAGGUGGGCGGUACGGAGAGCCGUGGGUUUCGGUUUGGUGUUGUGGCUCUGUUCCAGCCGGAGACGUCGCCUCGCAACCUUGUCAUUGUGGCUCUCAAAGAUCACCAGAAGCCACAACCGCAACCGCAACUGCAGCCGCAACUGCAACCGCAACUGCAACCGGGGCAAUGA